AUGGCGGGAAGAUAUCACCUUUCAGAGGGGGAGAGGCAUGCACUGUUGAAACCCUCUACGAUUCAUAUAGCAGAAGCAGUUCGGAACAGUGUGAGCUCUGCGGGAUCAAGGGACCGAGGCCAGCUUCGGGUUUUUGCCCGACGGAGACUAAGACGACAGCGGGCAUGUUGUUCAUCUUCGCCUGCGUUAUUUGCCUCCGUGGCUGCCCUUGCGGCUACUGUGGCUUUUCUAGCCCUGUGUCUGGCCGCUCAUGUCCGGAAACGGGGGACGGGAGUGGAACGACGCAUUCUUUCAGACGUCGGGGGAGAUAAAGAGCUCUCUGAUGUUCUAGAAGGUUGUGUUUCGCUGGAGGAAGACCUUCGUAUUCAUCACGAUGCUUCUGGGCUUCAAGGGAGAAAUUGGCCUGGGCAGCCUAUGCCAUUGUAUGAGCCUACCGAACUUAUCGAUCAAGAAACCAGUCAGAGAUUUCUCCAAUUUGGUGGAGAAUAUCGCAGCAACACCAGAGGAUUCGCUAGGAUGGAAUCUAGUGCAGUUGAAGGAACUUCACGCUCAUGGGGCCACCAGAAUUAUGAACCGUUUGGACAAGCGAUGCAGUGGCACUCAGAUCAAAGGCUUGAAGGGUCUUGGGCUGGACAGAGUGACAGCGAUGACGCUGCCAACGAGGGGAGGCACCGUGGAUUUGGGGGUUCACCGCACACCACCACACAGGAGCAAAUGCUAGCUGGCGCUUCCUUGCCUCGUGAGAAUGUAAGUAGCAACGCUUUCGAUGCUUUAGCUCCAGAUGCCUGGCUGAGUUCUAUUCCACAGUUACUUUUUGAAAGUGAAGAAAUGGAAGAAGCACAAAUGAGCAAUUUUGGUCAAUCUUCAGUCGAUAAUUCGGGGCAAUUUACCGCGCAGCAGUUUGUGCCUUCGCUGCAUUUGACGCCACCACCUGCUGCUUCUUCGGCAUCCCCAAACGGAGAUGACGCAAGACAUCGUAGGGUUCUACAGUUAGGAAGCUGGAACAAAGGGAUUGUACCUGCGCUCAGUUCACAUGGCACACAGCAAAACCCCCCCGCUGGAGCAGUAGAGGCGGCAAUCCAGGAGCGCACAGACAUGGCACCAACCUCGGAUGCAUUGGCCUCAUGGACUGCCGAACGGGUGUGUUAUUCAUCUUCAUCAGGAUUAUGUUUGGAAGAUGCAUACAGCAAUGGCCGUGGUUGUGUUGAUACUCAACCCACAGCUGUGGGACACACAUGGGAAGCCUGUGAGGAAAACGCACAGCAAGCAUCACAAGUACUAGGAUUUGCAGUUGACGCGGAACAGGAGCCGCAGAUGUUGAGCUCAGAUGCCGCUGGGCCGGAAGGCCCGCAGGCGAAAAAGAUGCGUUUUUCUGAGAGGGACAUAAGCUUGCAUCCUUUUGUGCGGCUGCCUGUGGUUCUUCCGGAAAAUGUCCACCGGACGUUUCGUAGGGAGUAUGUACUGGGAGACCACGUAGGUGACACAAGCCCAAUGCAGAUGUAUUUGACAAUGCGUCAGCUGUUCGCGAAGCCUGCACUAAAUGCUGAAGACGUCGAGACGCUAUUGAGGACAGCUGAAAGGUUAGCCAAUUAUGCAAAAAAAAAGUUGAGCAAGCGUACGAGACAAACGGCACCAACCUAUGUAGCUAAGAGGUUGGCAUCAAUACUUAUGGCACUUGAUUACCUGGUAUGCACGAUCGAGCUGCUUGGGGACAAAAUGGAUACUGAAAGUUGGUGGCAGCCGCUUGUACAGGGCAUACAUACAGGGUAUAGUUUGCCGUUGAGGCCAUAUGCAGUGCCAGAAACCAACAUGCUGGCUGAGUGGACUCUCCGGAUCAGUGCUGCAUUGUCCAUCUAUAAGAGAGGAGUGCGCCCACCGCUUGAAGAGAUUGUUCAACUGAAACGGAUGAUAUUAACGCGCUUGUGCACCAAUUCUCAGUUUGAGAAUAAACUGUGGAAUCUUUGGCGGGAAGAUGAUAGGAUGUAUGGUGUUAUCCCGAAGACAACCUAA